CAAAUUCUCCUUACCCACAAUCCUUCGCGACGGCGUCAAUAAAAAAAAAAAUACAUAUCUCUGCUAGCAGAGCUAGCGACUUACAAAGCGAGCUUUGUAGCUUUGUACCAAACUGAUCAUUUUUUUAAAGAAACAAAUUUCUAAACGCAGCAUUUUCAGUGAAUAUUAAUCGAACUGAGCGCUCGAGUUUGGAACCAGAAUCACCGCGGACCUUCUUCUCCCUGACCGAUCACCUCCAUGGAUCAGGACUACGAGCGCCGGCUUCUGCGGCAGAUUAACGUCCAGAAUGACAACGCCAGCCCUGUUAAAGUCACAGACGUGAUCCGUCACCUGACACCCACCAAGUCGCCGAUGUCCUCGCCCAGCAAGCACGGAGAUCGGUUUAUACCAUCGCGAGCAGGAGCCAACUGGAGUAUCAACUUCCACAGGAUCAAUGAAAAUGAGAAGUCCCCAAGCCAGAAUAAGAAAACCAAGGACGCGACCUCAGACACCGGCAAAGCAGCGGACGGUUUGGCGUACUCUGCGCUCCUGAAGAACGAGCUGCUCGGAGCCGGGAUCGAGAAAGUGCAGGACCCUCAGACUGAAGACAGGAGACUGCAGCCUUCGACGCCGGAGAAAAGAAGUCUCUUUAGCUAUACUCUCAGUGCCAAGAGAGCCACGCCUGAUGACGGCAACAACGUCUCGCCUUACUCUCUGUCCCCUGUCAGCAGCAAAAGUCAAAAGUUGCUCCGUUCACCGAGGAAGCCGACUCGCAAAAUCUCCAAGAUUCCAUUUAAGGUGCUUGAUGCACCCGAGCUGCAAGAUGAUUUCUACCUCAACCUGGUGGACUGGUCCUCCUUGAACGUGCUCAGCGUCGGACUGGGGACCUGCGUCUACCUGUGGAGCGCCUGCACAAGCCAGGUAACGCGGCUGUGCGACCUGUCUGUAGAGGGAGACUCGGUGACCUCGGUUGGCUGGUCAGAGAGAGGGAAUCACGUGGCGGUGGGAACGCACAAAGGAUUUGUACAGAUCUGGGACGCGGCAGCCGGCAAGAAACUGUUCACGCUAGAGGGACACACAGCCCGAGUCGGUGCUUUGGCGUGGAAUGCAGAUCAGCUUUCCUCGGGCAGUCGGGACCGUAUGAUCCUGCAGAGGGACAUCAGGACGCCGCCGCUGCAGUCCGAGCGCAGACUGCAAGGCCACAGGCAGGAAGUGUGUGGCCUUAAAUGGAGCACCGACCACCAGCUGCUCGCCUCGGGAGGAAACGAUAACAAGCUGCUGGUGUGGAAUCACUCGAGCGUGGCGCCUGUUCAGCAGUACACAGAGCAUUUAGCGGCAGUGAAGGCCAUCGCGUGGUCUCCUCACCAACACGGCCUGCUGGCGUCCGGAGGAGGAACGGCCGACCGCUGCAUCCGCUUCUGGAACACGCUCACGGCUCAGCCGCUCCAGUGCAUCGACACCGGCUCUCAGGUCUGCAACCUGGCCUGGUCCAAACACACCAACGAACUGGUUAGCACACAUGGUUACUCGCAGAACCAGAUCCUAGUGUGGAAAUAUCCUUCUCUUACUCAGAUAGCCAAACUGACCGGCCACUCAUACAGAGUGCUUUAUCUGGCGAUGUCUCCGGAUGGAGAGGCCAUCGUGACCGGAGCGGGCGACGAGACGCUACGUUUCUGGAAUGUGUUUAGCAAAACCCGAUCAACAAAGGAGUCGGUGUCUGUUUUAAACCUGUUCACCAGAAUACGGUAAAGGCGUGGCUGCGUUACAGGAUCUCAUCAUUACAUCCGCUUCUUACGGGCCGCUCGCGGACGGAACGUUGUUUUCCUCCCAUGGUGGACGGCGUAAAGCUGAGAAGGCCGUGUAAAUCUUUCAUUUGUACAGUUUUGGACUUUCGGAUGUGCCGCUGCACUGCCAUCGUUCUGAUUUCUGUGUUGUCAUGAUCGUGUUUAGUUUUAUGUUUGUUGUACAGUUUAGUUCAUGUUUUUAUGUUACCAUGAAGUGUCUAACGAUGCAAGCCUUAAGAUCAUACUGUAACUGUAAGGGUGUAAAGGAAAAGCAUAUGAAACACUUAAAAAUCAGCAUCUCAAAGUAUGUGUAGCGAAUUCAUUAUCAUUGUUUAUUGGGGGGGAAAAAAAAUCAUAAAAUGUGUAUUUAAAAAAAAAAAUCAUGACUGUACAGCAACAUGUCUGUCUAAAAGAAAGAUGCCAUUUUGCCAUAAAUGGAGUUGUUGAAGAUUCACAACAAUAUAAAACACCCUGAAAGAGCA